UUGCUUACAAAUCUUCUGCUUUCUUCCGUUUUACUGAGCUUUGAUGGCACAUCAAUUUAUUUUUGUCUUACGAAAUGUUCGAGUCGUCGCGUCAUCGUGUGGCGAAUAUUUUCCCUUUCACGUUAUAUCCCUGCAGAGUAUUCCACGAGAUCUUGACGACGAUGGACGAGGAUUGGAAGGAGUACAUCACGACCGACUCGCGCGUGUACCCGAUGGUAAUCUAUGCCAAUCUGUCGCGCCGAUACUGUAAUAUUUUAAUGUCCAUCAACGCCUCAGCCGCUAUCUUCUACGCCCUCGGAGGCUUCGUUCGGCGCUCCGCGAAGGACGAGGACAAUCCUCGAGGGACCAAAUUCGAUUUUCCCGUCCAAAUGGAUUUCCCAUUCGAGGUUAACGAGUCUGCUAUCUUCGAGAUCACGGCGAUGGUCCAAUUUCUUCAUGAAUUGUCGCUCUCCUCUCUGGUAGCGAUGAUCAAUUUGCUGAUCGUUGGUGAGUUAAUCAGCUGUUUCGCUAAUUCUUACUUAACGUCAGUCUUUAGAAAUGUCCGUGCGAUGGAGAUGGGGCAACUCGCGUAGAGUAUAAGCAAUAACUGUACAAGCUGAAAACACAGAAAGGAAGACAGAGAAAGAGAAAGGGACACUCGGACGAUUGUGUGUUUGUAACAAAUUCAGUACUCGUAGAUCCUUCACGUGAGUAGCCAGAUUGAGAUAGUGCGAUAAGGUCUGACGAAAAUAUCCUCGGAAAGUUAUGAGAACA